AUGGGCGAUGUUGUAGGAAGCUGGCGGAAGUCUGGCACGCUUCGCUCCCCGUGGUUUCUACCGGAAUAGUUCCGAAGGCAAGGCGAAGCGGAUCGGACGAGCGGCAGCGGGCAAAGGCGCAUGCGUCUUUUUCUCCCCAAACUUGAGCGGCCAAGUAGAUGUCUGCGCCGUUCGAAGAGCGGAGCGGGCUCGUGCCCUGCGCCACUCCCUGGGGACGCUGGUACCAAACCAUGGAAGAGGUCUUCGUCGAGGUGAACGUGCCGCAAGGGACCCGCGCGCGGGACGUGGAAUGCAGCCUGAAAAGCCGGCACUUGGCUUUGACCGUAGCGGGGAAGGAGGUGCUCAAGGGUAAUCUAUUUGACUCUACAAUAGCUGAUGAAGCAACCUGGACACUAGAGGAUCAGAAAUUGAUACGAAUCACCUUGACAAAAACCAACCGUGAUGCUGGAAACUGUUGGAGUUCCCUGUUGAAGAAUGAGUAUGCUGCUGAUCCCUGGCUUCAAGACCAAAUGCAAAGGAAGCUUACAUUAGAAAGGUUCCAGAGGGAGAACCCUGGAUUUGACUUCAGUGGAGCAGAAAUUUCUGGAAAUUAUACCAAAGGAGGACCAGACUUUUCCAGUCUUGAAAGAUAGCAUGUCCUAUAUUUCCUCCAGUUUCUACAAAAUGACAAAGCAUUAAGCUUCAGAAUAGCUUACUGUUUUUUUCUGGUCAGCUUUAAACCCCAAAAUAAUGACUGUUAUCAGAAUUGCACAAACAGUAAUUAAAAAAAAACAUUUCAUGCAUACUCAGAGCAAUAUAUUUUUUUUGGGAAAGUCUGUGAUCUGGCUUAUUUUUUGCCAAAGCAGUUAAGUAAAAAAAAAAAUCACUACCUAAAUGCUCUGGCUUUCUCUACUGGCAAAUAACUAAAAUAACUGAAAUAUGGAAAUUUAUUUUCAAAUACAUUGUUGCAUGGCAUAAGAACACAUUUUGAAGGCUAGUGAUUAAAAACUUAUUAGCCAUCCCGAAAAUUUGUACUAAGCCAACUUCAACACUAUUUCACAGAAGAAUCAUUAAAACUAGUAAUGUUAAAAUCUGGUAUAAUUAAUACCUUCUAUAAUUUGGUGCCAAACUGUAUUGUCAGUCAAACCAUAACAUGCAAUAUGCAUUCUUGGGUAAAGCCAUUUAGCAUUCAUAAAUUUAUCCCUGACAUUCUUUAGAAGAAUAGGCAUUCCAGUGUGUAUAUUCUUUUAAUGAAACUCAGAGAACCAUUUUAGCUACUUUUAAAGAACUAUUUAUGCCAAGGAAGAUUUUUGACUUAUUUUGACUUUGUGUUAUAUAUCAAACUGGCUGGAACACUUGAUAAAAUAAUUAAAGCACAUGUACUUUUUCAUGCGA